GCCGCUUCCAUUUUGAGUUGAGAUGAUGAUAUUGUGGAGUGAACACGUGAAUUAGUUGUGGUAGUUGAAUGACAGACACCGAAGAGAGAAAAGUCUUCCAAGUGUUCUUUGUUGGUGGAAUGAUCGCGUUGUUUCUUAAGUUAAUUUAGUGAUACGACCAAAUGUGCUCAGUUCUACCGAAAAUGGAUGUGGCAAUGAAAUUGGAUUUCGAAAGUUGCAUCGAGGAAGACGAAGCCGAGAACGCUUCCUUCCAGACUUUGAGCUCGGGCUGUGAUAUUGAUGGGCGUGAUAUCUCUUGCGAUGAUAUAAACUACCAUGUUCCGCCUACUCCUUCUCCUGCACGUCUUUUCAGUCCAAGAAAGUCCCUACGAACUGCGGUACGCCCCACUACUGACAAUACUACAGCACAAAGCCUCGAGUCUCCACCGUAUAAGAAGAUUCGAGCGUUGCGACUCUUCGAUUCUCCUGCUACGCCGAAAACACUUUUGCUCAAGAGCACAACGUCUGGGGCAUCUUCUGGUGACUCUUCAUCUCACAGCCGACCCGUAUCCCGAACGAGAUUGUUUCCUUCUGCAAGGGCGAGAACACUUGCCUCUUGGAAUAACACUACGCCUGUCACUCCUUCCCCACCUGCUUGCGCUGCCAGCGCCGUGGUCCAUUCCUCCCAGCACGGAAGCGGCGGUAGCACAAAUUGCAAUGGCUCUGCUAGAAGUAAGGUCAGGGAGGUAGCCAAUAUUAAUCCUUUCACCCCAUCUGGGAUGUUGUUGUCCUCAAGAAAGAGAACAAGAUCACGCAGGGAUCACGAGGCCAACUUUGGGGAAACCGAAAUGUCGACCGAUAUGGACACUAGUUUUGAUGAUUUCUAUUGUGAUGAUUCCUGUGAUGAAUGCGAGGAUGAAACUGGCCGACCAACAAAGAGACUAGCCAUGCAAGAUGCUAAUGUUUCCCGGUAUAACCACGAAUUUUUAGAGUUAGCACUGAUUGGCCAAGGGGAAUUUGGAGGAGUGUACAAAUGCAGACAUAGAUUAGAUGGUUGCAUUUAUGCCAUUAAGAAGUCUCUCAAACCUGUCGCAGGAUCAGUCAAUGAGAGAAUAGCACUAAAUGAGGUAUAUGCUCAUGCUGUAUUGGGCAAGCACCCUCAUGUCGUCAGGUACUACUCAGCAUGGGCAGAGAAUGAUCACAUGAUUAUCCAAAAUGAAUAUUGUAAUGGAGGCUCCUUAGCAGAUGUAGUUGAGAAUUGUAGAAGAACUGGCCGAAGACUGAGUGAAAAUUUUAUCAAACAAGUUUUACUUCACACAGCUAAAGGCUUGAAGUACAUUCAUUCUCAACAGCUUGUUCAUAUGGACAUAAAAUCUGCUAACAUUUUUAUAUCUCGAGAACAAAAAGUCAAGUUACCUGGAGAAGAUUCUGCUGAUGAUGGAUUUGAAGAAGAACAGGUUGAAGAUGUAGAGGAAGUCACUUACAAAAUUGGUGAUCUCGGUCAUGUAACUUCAAUCUUAAAUCCCCAAGUUGAAGAAGGCGAUUGCAGAUAUCUUCCUAGAGAGAUAUUGCAGGAUGAUUUUAGUCACUUACAAAAAGCAGAUAUUUUUGCUCUUGGACUCACCAUGUACGAAGCUGCGAGAGGAAAGCCAUUGCCACUCAAUGGAGAAGAAUGGCAUAACAUUCGUAAUGGUGAACUGGAGCAUGUUCCUGGUUAUUCCAUGGAAUUUCAAAAGUUGCUGAAACAAAUGGUGCAUACAGAUCCAGCUGCUCGUCCCACUGCUGCACAGCUAGUUAAUCAUCCUGCAUUGUGUCCUCCAACAAGUAUGUCUCGCACAGAAUUACGCCGCGAGCUUAAUGCUGAGCGUCUGAAGAAUGAGAUUUUAUCACGACAGUUGAAAGAGGCAGCCAAGUGUUUGCAAAGUCUAACCCCUGGAGUAGCCUCAACAAUAGCUGCUGUAGCUUCAGGAGUACUAGCAGGGAUUGCUCCAACUCCUGUUGGUGUUCCUCAGUUUCCUUCCCAAAGAUCAGGACCUACCACUAGAAAUUCCAGACUAAUAGGAAAGAAGGUGAACAGAAGUCUGAGCACCAGUGAUUUCUGACUCAAGUAACGAGUAGUCAUGUAAUCAUUUUUGUUUUAUUUUAUAUAUAGUCUGGGCUUCAAUGUAUUCCUUCCAUGUUGGUCGAGUGCUAAGGAAGUCCUGCUGUGAAGUGGUUCUAGUCUUUGCAUGGGGUGGUUCUCGUGCAGUGCUCAUAUCUAUGCAGAAUAUUAGUCGGCAAUUGUAUAGGUUUAUUUAUCUAUAUUUACCUUGCUUUCCUUUUUAUUAUUUUUUGGCAUCUUGCAGCUGUUAUUUUUUAGAAAAGCAACCAGAGGUUCUUUGUACAGGUGUCAUUUAAUUUAUAUUUUGCAAUUACUAAAGUAAAAAUAACUGUCCUUUAAACUUAAUAUUUAUGGCCUUAUUGCUGCCAGCUCUUGUUUUAUAUGCAUUAAUAAAAUUGAAUUUAUGUGCCUUAUAUUUUGUGAUAGUAGUUGUAUCAAGUAUUUCUAGGGUAAUUGUAAAGUUUCCCAAGUAAAAGAUUAUUUUAUUUUGAAUUGUUUUCACUACAUAAUGAUAUGUAUCCAUGGUCAUUUUUUUUAAUGCAUGGAAGAAUUGGUGUUUCAAUUAGCCAUGUCACAAAGUUUUCAAUAAAGUAAACUUUUAGGUUUCAAACUGUCUUCUGAUAAGACAUUCCGUCUACUGUGAUCUUUUUGCCUUCCUGUACUGUUUUGUAUAAAUAAAUUUUAUAUAUU